CAGAGCAGAUGAGGAAACACUCGGGCCAACUAAGACGCUUUGCUCAAAUCCGUGUGGAAUGGUAAUCUGGUCGGCCGGUCCCCGGGUCCGAGUGAAAGGAGCGCAGUCGGGGUCGGUUCCUGUUCUGCGGAGCCUGGAGGGAAGUCUGUCUGGGUCGGCAGCGGCAGGCAGCGGCAGGCAGCGAGGCAGGAAAAGGAUGGCGUACUACCCUAGGCCAGGCAGGAGGAUGAGGAUUGGACGAGAGAACUCUCCCCUGUUCCAGUAUCUUCAGGAUCUAGGACACACUGAUUUCGAAGCGUGUGCACCCGUUUCUCAGGAGGAUGACCGAGCUCAGGACGAGGGGGCGUGUUCACGCGACGCCCCGCCCCCUCAGAAAGAGAGCUGGAUCAGGAAACUCACGGGAGCCAUGCGUCGCCUGAGUGUGGUCUUCAGCAGUAACACGACACAACAACAUGAACGACAGCUGGAUGAAGAGUUUCGGCGCUACGCCCUGCGUUGUGUGUUGUCGCAGGACGUCUUGCUGCAGGAGGACAUUGAGCUCAUCGAGCUGCUGGAUCCCAGCAUCCUCUCUCUGGGAUCGGCUACUUCUGCCUGCCCCAGUGUGGACACGGCCUUACCCAGACCCCAGCUACUGGCCAAACCCACUGUCUGGGAUGUCUCUGUCCUGGUGUGUUUGGUGGCGGUCCUGGCUGCAAUGUGUGCGUGCGAAUGCUUCGGCCUGUCUCCAGGGGUGUGUGUGUUGUGCCUGAGUGUGUGCAUGGUGUUGCGGGGCUUUGCUCUUAGACAGCGAGCGCUGCAGCAGAAGUGUGUGUGGGAGCAGUGUGUGUGUGUGGAGCGUCUGGUGACAGAGAGCCGCACACUGACCAGCGUCUGCAGGAAAACACUCCGAUUGGUCCAGGAGACAGAAGUUAUCUACCGCGGAUUCACACUUUUGCUCGACAGGGUAAGCGCCGCCUGUCCCUUCAACAGAGCGGGAACUCCUCGGGGCCAGCAGCUGAUUGGCCUACGCAAAGCCGCCUAUCAGAGCCUUCGCUCCGCCUUCCGAGCCUCCCGUCUCGCCACCUGCCUCAUGCUCAAGUCGUUCCCUCUGUCCUCUGAGAUGGAUAAUGUGGUGAACUACGUGUCCAGCGUACCAAUCAAAGAGCUCGGUUUGGGCCUGGGGGCGGAACAUCUCACUGAUGACCAGGUGCAGGAACUCACCGAUGACUACAGCCUGCCAGCACUCAAGAUGCUGUUCCAGUUGUGGGUGGGACAAAGCUCUGAGUUCUUCCGUCGAUUGGCUCUUCUGAUGUCGCCGGGGCGACAGGAGGAUUCCAGUCUCAUCAUGCACCAGGCUAUCACCACGGUGACCAGCCCCCUCCAGCACACCCUGAGUGGUUGCCUCGGCGACCUGCAGCGCAGUUACGACUUCCACCGCUACUUUGAGAUGCAGUUGCAGUCCCAGAGUGAGAGGACACACUCACACACGCGACAGAGGUGUCACGAGCUCAACACACUCCACGCCUCGGUCCGAAGCCUGCAGUUACACCUGAAAACACUACUCAAUGAGGUGAUCAUCCUGGAGGAUGAGUUGGAGAAGCAGAUGGUGGCCAAGGAGACAGUUGCCAUGACGGUGGCUGGUUACCAGGAGCUCCAGGAGCGCCUGAGUCUCCUGCAGCCCCACAUGCAGGCCAGCAAUGGCAUCUGGGACGACACACUCACCCAGGUGGACAAGAUGCUACGCAGGGCCACCAACUGCACAGGAAGUCCAGAUGGUUCGGAGGAUUCCCCCCCACUUGUCCCCCAGCCCCCCAUUAGGCCGGUGAGCCUGAUCACUGACAGAGACCCAGUGCCCGAGGAACAGGAGUUGGAGGCGUAUGUGUCCGAUUCCGACUCCGAACCAGAAUAUGGAUUGUCGUCGUUGUCACCAUGGGAACUGGAGCGCAUGAGGAGAGAAGGGGAAGAGUCUAAGCGGGUUCUUCUAGAACUUAAAUCAGUGCUGGGGUUCCGUGCCUCAGAGACGGAGAGACACAAACGACAAGUACUGCUCUUCAACGAGCAAGCUGCUGUGAAGCCCGUUGCUGAGGAAACAUCAGAGCCAAACAACCAGACAGACCACUCUGAACCGGACGUUUCCAUGGGCAACCACGUCGCCGUGCAACAGGGAGAAGAAGGAGGGAGAGAGGCAAAGGAGGAGAGAAAAGAUGGGGAGGAGAAAAGAGGAGAGGAGGAAAAGGAGGAGGAGAAGGAAGAGGGGAGACAUCAAGAGGUCAAUGAGGAGGCGAAUGAGUUCAGCUGUGGCGUAUCCGCAUCUGUCGCCGACGGCGACGGGGAGCAGGAGAACAUCAAGGCACAGCUCUUUCAGUAUGAUGGGACGCCAGAAGCCGCCGGGGCGGAGUCAGGAGACGGACUUAACCCCAUGGCGCCGCGGAUCCCUGCCCUGACGGUGAUGGACAGGCUGACGGAGAUCCACGGCGCACAAGCCUUGAGCUUCAGCUCCGCCAUCGCCGCACAGGUGGCCGCCCGCUCACACACCUUCACACACAUGCAGGAACACACCUUUGGUGACUCGGACGAGGAAGAGGACGAGAAAGAAGAAGAAGAGGAGGAGGAGGGGGAAGAGGAAGAGAGGACGACAGAGAGACAGAGACGAGAGGAGAAUGAGGAUGAGUAGAGACUUGAUGCUGCUUUGAGAAAAACAAAACAAAAACAAACAAAAUGGCUUGCCUGCCUAUUUAUUUCUGUUUUAUUUCUCUUAUUUAUUGGAGAGGAGCUUGAAAUUUUGUUUUUAUGUUAUGUUCUUUUUUUUAAUUAUUAUUCACCUAUUCUCCGUCAGCUAUGGAAACUCCUUUUGUUUUAGAUUUUUAGAUACUUUAUUAAUCCCUGAGGCAAAUUGGGACUCUGCGUUUAACACAGACACAAACACACACACAUACACACACACACACACACACACACACACACACACACACACACACACCCUUCAGUUGGGGGUUAGCUGACUGCUCAAGGGCACUUCAGCCGUAGAUGUUGAGGGCUGUUUAUUCAUUCUGUCCGCCCUCGUUUUUCCUGCCGGUCCAGGGGAUCGAACCGGUGACCUUUCUGUACCAAACUCUUGUCUGUGACUGCCCCCCAGAGAACCAGUGCGUUGUCAUACACAUUAGUCAGGAAUGCACGCACACGCACACACGCUUGCUCGCUCACAUGCACACCUACUUUACCUUACGCACACACACUCGUACCCACACGUACCCACACAUACACGUACCCACACAGCCACACACACACUUGUACCCACACACACACAAACUCGUACCCACACACACACUUGUACCCACACAGCCACACAUACGGGUCUCAUUGACAGUACCUCUGUAAUGUCUCUGUUAAUCAUUCAUCAAUCACCCCUCCUCCGUCCUGUCCGACAAGAUUUAAUCUAUUUUUCCUUUUCUGUGCGUCACUGAAAAAAGAAUCUCACGUGUGUAUGAACACACCAUCCGCACCAGAAAGAGAAAGUAAUUUGGGUCCGAGGGCAUUUCUGCUGGAAGUGAUGUGAUCAGGAGAACACAGCCACGGGAAGUAUUUGGGGUCAGCGGUCAUGCCUACAGGAAGUGAUUUGGAUGUAAACACACAACACUUUCAGAAGGUCGUCAGUCACUGCUGUCCCAGGAUCAGUGGUGAGAAUGUUGAAACUUUCUGGAACCCUAUAAAACAUUGAAUGUUUAAAACAUUGAGUGCAUUUGCUUUGCAUGUAGUCAAGCUCUGUGAGGAGAACCAGACAGGUUCUGCUCAAGUGAAAUGGUGCGUAAUGGGAUUGUUUCGGAAUAGCAAUAGUGUUGCCGUGGGAUACUUAUUGUUUUCACGAUCAAAAUCACUUGAUUCAUAAACAUUCUUCAAUGAAAGUCGGAAUAAACAUAAACAAAAUGUCCCUCCUCCUUGAUUUGUCCACUGUAAGCUCAAUGGGUAUGGGGGGGGUGCUACAGAAUAUCUUAUGAGGUAAAUUAGUUGGAGAAAUCGAAUGUUCAGAAUGUAGCAACUAUUUCUAGGGGCGUGUCCUCUCUGGGGACCAACCCCACACACCCUUAUAUGUCCGUCAACCAAUGGGAUUGCCUCACUUCAGAAUGUGUCGAUCAAAACCAAAAUCACUAGAUGAGUGUUAGCAUGAGGUUCUUGCUAAUGGUUUUCUUGAUUUUUUUUUUUUCUUGUGUUUUUUUUUAUGUAUGAAAGAGUGUCUGUGUGUGUGUGUGUGUGUGUGUGUGUGCGACAGAAAGAAAAAGAGAUUAAGUGAGUGAGUGACGGGUGUAAAAAGAAAAUCUAGAAUUGGGCGGAUGUCAUCGUGAAGGUAAAGCAAUAUUUUUGGUGGAUGGGUUGGCCUGAUCACAGCAGCAAGCACUGUCCAGUUGGUCUGCUGCCCCCCUCCUAGACUAGAGCUGGCUAUGUGCCUCUGGUCUCAUGUGGAUAAUGCAGCUCUAAAUGGUAGGAAGUCAGCCGUAGGGAUCUGAUGUAAACAGAGGUCAACAGGACUGAAGCCCCGUGUUUGUCAUGUCAGUCACAUCCCAGCUAGUGCCUGUCAGCUUGAUUACUACUUCAGACACACACACAGGGCCGACUGGAGGGCACUCUGGCCCUGAUGCUAUCCGCUUCAUGGUUGGCUUCGCCUGGACAGAUCUGAGCCGUCUCCUCCACAAGGUGACGGGGGGUGGUGGGGGUCCAGGUGCUCAGGAGAAAGGUUGGAAAGGAGGAGAGGAUGGAGGUGACGUGGGAGAUCCCUGGCAUUCCUGGACGUAUUUGAACUAAUCUAGGAUCAGGCGAGGAAGGGGGGGGAGGAUGGAUGGAUGGAUGAGGAUGAUUGCGGGGGGCUUGUUGGGCCCCUUGGCUAUGACUGUGAUUGGGUGUUUGGAGGGGGGAUGAUUAAGUCCGGGGCCCCAGGAUUCUUACCUGUACCCUGGCACUUGAUACAACUAAUCUUUUGUUUGAAAACCUGUGUUGUCUCUCUGUGACUUAGACGACCAGCCCCCAGUGAAGGGCAUGGGAUGAGAGACACUGACUAUUGGCUGAUGGUUUGCUGCUGCUAGACUAGAUGCACCAGUCCCAGAUGUGUUCUAGAGUCCACUGAUGACAUGGCAACCACCACAGAAUCAGAACUUCAGUGUGUGGAAGACUGACUGAUUGUUCUCCGUGGAACAUGGGAGCUAGAUGGAGCUACGGCGCGGCUGAUUGGAUGACUGGUAUGGAACAUGGGAGCUAUAUGGAGCUACAGCGCGGCUGAUUGGAUGACUGGUAUGGAACGUGUGAGCUAGAUGGAGCUACGGCUUUGGAUCAUUGGCGGUCUGGUUUGUGUGUGACCGUGAGUUAUGAGGAAUAUGCUCACUCGGCACUGUUCGACCUUAACACAAGCAAACACCCAAAUGGUAAAGCCAGGCGUGUGUGUGUGUGUGAAUGUGUGUCUUUUCAAUCAGCCAUGUUUGCCUUGUCUGUUGCGGUGUACAUUUUAUUAGCUCUCGGUCUGUCUUAUUUCAAUUUGUCAAAUAAAAAUGUUCUUCUUCAA